UCACACACGAUGAUGAUGGUGAUUGUUGAAUGCUUUCGAGAUAGCACUCUUACAAACCCAAAACUCUAUUUCCCAUUUUUCUAGCUCUCCUCACUCUCCUCUUAUUCCAUUAAAGCAAUGAAAGAAGCUGAAGAACAGGCAACAAAUACCAUCGUUUAUACAUCACAAGAAAAUCAAUUAGAUGGUGGAAGAGGUUCCUCAAGGUUUCUACAGUACAAGUGGUGGAUACAGAUAGUAGUGUUCACCAUGUUUGUACUCUCCGGUCAAUCAGCCGCAACAAUGUUGGGAAGACUUUACUUCAUCAAUGGUGGAAAUAGUAAAUGGAUGGCAACACUUGUUCAAACUGUUGGAUUUCCACUUAUGUUACCUUUUAUCUUCCUAUUUUCACCUUCAAAAACACCACUGGAACAUCACCACCAAGUCACUGGAAAAUCUUCUUGGACUACCCUUGUGAUUCUGUAUACAACUCUUGGUAUAUUCUUGGCUGGAAAUUGUAUGUUGUAUUCUUUUGGACUCAAUUUUUUGCCAGUUUCCACGUAUUCGUUGAUCUGUACGAGUCAACUCGCUUUCAAUGCCUUGUUUUCAUACUUCCUUAAUGGACAGAAGUUCACUCCGUUCAUAGCUAAUUCGCUUGUUCUUCUUAGUUUUUCGUCUAUGCUACUUGUGUUUCAGAGUGAUUCUAAAGAGACCGGGAAAAUAUCAAGAAGCAAGUAUAUCAUUGGUUUUGUAUGCACAAUCGCUGCCUCUGCAGGGUGGGGUUUGAUGCUUUCAAUAACACAACUCGCACUUCAAAAGAUAUUGAAAUCUACAAGCUACAAGGUGGUAUUUGAUAUAACCGUGUAUCAAAGCUUGAUAGCAACUAUUGUAAUUCUCAUGGGACUAUUUGCUAGUGGUGAAUGGAAGGAUAUAAAGGAGGAAAUGUGGAAUUUUGAGUCUGGACAGGCUUCGUAUAUAAUAAAUCUUGUAGGAACAGCUGUCUCAUGGCAAGUUUUCACGGUUGGUUAUAUUGGCUUGAUCUUUGAGGUUUCAUCUCUUUUUUCAAAUGUUAUUAGUACUUUAGGUAUCCCAAUUGUGCCCAUUUUGGCAGUCAUGUUUUUUGAUGAAAAGAUGAAUGGGGUGAAGGCAGUCUCCAUGUUGUUAGCUAUUUGGGGGUUUGUCUCUUAUAUCUAUCAACAUUAUCUUGAUGACUUGAAGGAAAAAGAAAAUUCUAGAUUUGUUAAUCUUGAUCGUGAAGUUAAUCUUAUAGAAACAAGAAUGACUAGUCAAUAAAUGUAAUGGUUAGAGACUUUGUAUUCUUUGAAUUUCCAUCAAAUGACAAUAUAUAUACAGAAAGUUGUAAGUCGAUUUUUGUUUUAUAAGUGAAGAUCUGAGGUCUAUUAUGUGUAUUGUAUUGAUACUACCAUUUGUUAUGUAUUUAUAUUUUUGACGA